AAUCGGGGGCGCUAAUUCAUCAAUUUUGUUGUCUACCGUUGGGAAAAAAACAUCGAAGAAGAAUAGGCCUGCAUGGCUUAGCUAGAAACCCGCUGCAUUGUCCCAUUCCAGCUAAUAUUUCAGUAACAAUGUCUUCAGUUCAGCAUCUCAGAGAGUUUAUCAGAGAGAGACUAACUGCUGCUGCUCAAGAAAUCUUCACCGAGGUUGAAAAAACCAUCAUUUGCUACGAGGAAGAGCUCGAUGCUCAGCGCAGAAUGAUGGGGAUCAACUGGAAACCAGAAAUUAAGCUACACAGAAUCGGUUCGGAGCUGCAGAGACAAAGUUCUGACCUCCAACAGCCAAGUGUCUCCAAUGAGGAAGAAGCUUCUGCCAUCCAACAAGCCUUUAGCCUGGCAUAUAGGUCCAGUCAGGACCAGAAAGACGUAGAAGGUCAGUGGACUGUAGAGGAACAGAUGGAACCAGAACCAAAAUGGAUGAAAGAAGAAGAUGAUGAACCAGAACCUGCACUGCUUAAACAUGAGGAAAUAGAAUAUCCACUAACAAAUGUAAAAAAAGAGGAACUAGAUUCUUCAGUGCUUCAACAUGAACAGCAGCCACCAGAACAUUUACCAACUGGACAGAACCAGAAGAACUUCUGCAGCAAUCAGGAGGGAGAGCAGCUUGUCCAGAGGCAGUUUGUUGCUUUGAUUGAGACUUCUACUCUUCAGGAAAAUUAUACGAAUGAAGAAGAGAGAAGAACAGAGCAGUUUUCCCUUCAUAUCUCUCCUGUGGUUGAAAGCAAAGAUCAGGAAGGAAGCAGCUCCUCUGUGUCAGAGAGUCAGGCUGGUAUUGGCACAAAGAAAAAAUCUUUCAAAUGUGACUUUUGUGGCAGAUGUUACACACAACAGAGUGAUUUUAAAAACCAUUACAGAACUCACACUGGUGAGAGACCCUUUUCAUGCCAAUCAUGUGGAAAAAGUUUUUCUCACAUUAGUCAUUUAUAUCGUCACAAGAAAAUUCAUACAGGGGAGAGACCUUUUUCAUGUGAAACAUGUGGAAAAAGUUUCGCUGUAAAGACAGAUUUAAUUCGUCACAAGAAAACUCAUACAGGUGAGAGGCCUUUUUCAUGCCAGUUAUGUGGAAAGUCUUUUUCUCAAUUUAGUUCUUUAAAUGACCACAAGAAAAUUCAUACAGGAGAGAGGCCUUUUUCUUGCCAGUCAUGUGGAAAACGUUUUAUUCGAAUUAGUACUUUAAAUUCCCACAGGAAAAUUCAUACAGGAGAGAGACCUUUUUCUUGCCAGUUAUGUGGAAAACGUUUUAUUCGAAUUAGUACUUUAAAUUCCCACAAGAAAAUUCAUACAGGGGAGAGGCCUUUUUCUUGCCAGUCAUGUGGAAAAGGUUUUAUUCGAAUUUGUACUUUAAAUUCCCACAAGAAAAUUCAUACAGGAGAGAGACCUUUUUCAUGCCAGUUAUGUGAAAAACGUUUUAUUCGAAUUAGUCAUUUAAAUGACCACAAGAGAAUUCAUACAGGUGAGAAACCUUUUUCAUGCCAGUCAUGUGGAAAGAAUUUCACUCGUCUUAGUAGCUUAAAUCAUCACAAGAUGAGUCAUGCAUUUGAGAAGGGUUGUCACGAUAAACAAUAAAUCUAUCAGCAGUAAACAAAUAUGAGCUUAAUAAUAAAAUAAUGUCUAUAAUAUUG